CGCGGGGGGCGGGUCCGGCUCCGGUUUAAUCUCCGGCUCCGCCGGGAUUACGGCUCGGGAGAGUCUCUAAUCCGCGGGGCUGGCCACGGGGGGCUGCUCGCCCCAGCCCGCAGCGCAGGCACCGCCGCACAGGGAGGCAGAGCCCGAGGAGAGCCCGCAGCGAGCCCAGCCGCCUCCCCGCCAUGGAUGCCACGGACGUGCCCCUCCAGGCUGAGAUGGUGGAGCUGGUGCCCAACGGGAAGCACGCGGCUGCGCUCAACACCUCUGCCGUCCCCUCGCUGGCAGGUGACAGGUUUGAGGAGAACCAAUCCGGUGUGGCAGAGAUGGAGGAGUUCCUGCCCCAUGGAGCUGAGAAGAAGCAGACGCACUUCACCGAUUUCGAAGGGAAGACGUCUUUUGGGAUGUCCGUCUUCAACCUGAGCAACGCUAUCAUGGGCAGCGGCAUCCUGGGGCUGGCCUAUGCCAUGGCCAACACUGGCAUCAUCCUCUUCCUCUUCCUCCUGACGGCAGUGGCCCUGCUCUCCAGCUACUCCAUUCACCUGCUGCUCAAGUCCUCCGGCAUCGUGGGCAUCCGCGCCUACGAGCAGCUGGGCUACCGAGCCUUCGGCACGCCGGGGAAGCUGGCUGCGGCCAUCGCCAUCACGCUGCAGAACAUCGGAGCCAUGUCCAGCUACCUGUACAUCGUUAAAUCCGAAGUGCCUCUCGUCAUCCAGACCUUCCUCAACCUGCCGGAGAAGACCACGGACUGGUACAUGAACGGGAACUACCUGGUGAUCAUGGUUUCCGUCACCAUUAUCCUGCCCCUGGCCCUCAUGAAGCAGCUGGGCUACCUCGGUUACGCCAGCGGCUUCUCCCUCAGCUGCAUGGUCUUCUUCCUCAUCUCGGUGAUCUACAAGAAGUUCCAGAUCCCCUGCCCGCUCCCCACGCAGGAGGGGAACGUCACGGGCAGCAUGAACAUCACCUCCGCCAGCACCAGGGACUAUCUGAACAGCCAGGGAUCUGAGCAGGACACCUGCAUCCCCAGCUUCUUCAACCUGAACUCCCAGACAGCGUACACCAUCCCCAUCAUGGCCUUCGCCUUCGUCUGCCACCCCGAGGUCCUCCCCAUCUACACUGAGCUGAAGGACCCCUCCAAGAAGAAGAUGCAGUGCAUCUCCAACAUCUCCAUCACGGUCAUGUACCUCAUGUACUUCUUGGCUGCCCUCUUUGGCUACCUCACAUUCUACGGCCGAGUGGAGUCGGAGCUGCUGCACACGUACAACAAGGUGGACCCCUUCGACGUUCUCAUCCUGUGCGUGCGGGUGGCUGUGCUGACGGCUGUCACCCUCACUGUCCCCAUCGUCCUUUUCCCAGUGCGCCGGGCCAUCCAGCAGAUGCUCUUCCAAGGGAAGGACUUCAGCUGGAUCCGCCACGUCACUAUCGCUGUGGUCCUGCUGACCUUCAUCAACCUACUGGUUAUCUUUGCCCCCUCCAUCCUUGGCAUCUUUGGCAUGAUCGGUGCCACCUCUGCUCCCUGCCUCAUCUUCAUCUUCCCUGCCAUCUUCUACAUCCGCAUCAUGCCCAAGGACAAGGAGCCGCUGCGCUCCACCCCCAAAAUCUUGGCUGUCUGCUUUGCCCUCCUCGGGGUGCUCUUCAUGGUCAUGAGCUUGAGCUUCAUCAUCAUCGACUGGGCCACGGGAGGGGGGAAGAGCGGUGGCAGCCACUAGCCGGCACGGGGUGCCCACGCCAACCUCCCCCCGACCCACCGGUGCCCCAGGGAGAGCCAGCCCCAGGCUCAGCCCCUGUGCCACAGCGCUGCCCGGCUUCCCCGGGGACCCUCCGCUGUCACUGCCUGUCACCCUUGGUGGUGGUGGUUGGGACGUGAGCCAUGGCAGGUGUGGGGACACCCUGAGCUGUGCCCAGGAUGGGGCAGAGAGCCUGGGGCAGGCGCUGUGCCCCUUCUCCCCGCUCCAGCAGGUACCGUCCCUGCUCCGCGCCUCAGUUUCCCUGUCUGUAAAAAUGGGGAGAAUAAUAUUGCCCUACCUCACCGGGAGCUGGCUGUCAGCUGGAGCUCAUCUCUGCACGCCCAGAGCCGCCGGCAGCGGGCACUGCCAAGGGCAUGGGGCACUGCCAAGGGCAUGGGACACUGCCCGCCGCAGGGGGCGAGGACCGGAGCGCUGUCCUGGCACCCCAGACAGUAUCGAGAGCCCUGAUGAACACUGUCCAGGGGGCGCUGGGGGCUGGUGGGGUCACUGGACCCCUGGCAGUGCCCAUGCCCAAGCCCUGCCGUCCACCCAUCGCUGGCGAGAUGCCUCCCCACCACCCCAGCAUCGCAAAUAUGGGCAAAUGUUGUUCUGCCGCCGUGGCUGGCAGUGCCCAACCCGCUGCUCUUGACCCCGCCGGGGGAACGGUUGGCUCCUGGUGCCCGUGGACAGGACCCUGGUGUCCCCCAGGCCAUGCUUGGGGACUGGCUGCGGGGAGGUGGCAUGCCCGGUGGGGGCUUGGCACCCCCUGGCAUCCUGCUUAUGGUACCGCUUGGCUGCCCAGCGCCUUGCCCACCCCUGAGGAGUGCAGGUGGGGGGCACAGAGGGCUGGGGGCCAGCUUGGGGACUUCAGAGCCACCCCUCCAUCUGCGUGCCCAGUCCCCAGGGUGACAGGCACCUUUGCCUUGCACCCAGGGCCAGCCCCCAAGCCCUUGCAGCCCUCUAACCCCCACCCCAUCCAUCCACCCAUGCUGCUGGGAUGCCCCACCCCAUGCCAAAACCCUAAGAGCAGCUCUGCCACCCCCUGCCCCCAUUCCCUGGGUGUGUGCGGGGGGGGUGGGGGCAGCCCGGCGGGGUGGGCAGCCCGGGAGACGCUGCCCUGCAGCAAAGUACAUAAGAGACAUAUUUUUUUACCGGGGUGGUGGAGGCUGGGAUGUUUUUUAUAAAUACUGUAUAUAAGAGUAGAUCUUUUAUAAGGUGUUGUGAUGCUCUGGGUAGCUCUGUAUAAUGUAUAUAUCUAUGGGGGGAGUGGGGCGGGGGCACAACCUGGCGCUGGUGAGGAGCUCAGAGGACGCUUGCAUCGCUCCGGGGCUGCCAGCUGCAAUGUGGUCCCCGUGUCCGCAACCCGCUGCCCCGCGGCCACCCCUGCCCUGUGCCAGGGAGGGGAUGCUUUUAAAUUAUCCGAGGGGGCAAUGCUUGUGCUGGUGAAGAGGCCGGCUGGCAAAGCCUCUGGCAGUGAGAAUAAAGAUGUAAAUGUG